CAGUGACGCAGCCAUGAGUCCAUGCUGGCAAAAAAGGGAAAAAAAGGCACAGAUCGACGCUCACUGUAAUUUUGGUCAUUUAUUGUGGUUCAUGACACCUGAAGCAGACAUUGUUUAGAAGUAGACUGACAGGACAUUAUGGCUAAUGGAAUCCUGAAAAAAAAAGUACACAACUGUUCCCUUUCAUGGGAACUCGAGCUGCGUUGAGACGCUUUGGGAACGCCUCUGCAUGAUUACGUCGAGAAGCACUUGUGAAAUCGGUCCAAUGGUGUGACGGAAAGUCAUAGGUCGUACCCCCCCUUGGCUCCAGGAGCCUCUGGAACAGAGUGAGGACAUGCAUCUACGUAAAGCUGCCCAAUUGGGAGAUCUAGACACUCUCAGGACCUUAUUACAAGAAGACAGCUUCAAACAGCGAAUCAACAAGAAGUUGAUUUGGUCACAUACGCCCCUGCGUAUUGCUGCCAUGAUGGGUCACAGCAAAUGUGUGGAGUUCCUGAUCUCUCAGGGAGCUAAAGUGGACCUUGUCGAUGUAAAGGGUCAGACUGCUAUGUACAUUGCUGUGGUUAAUGGACACCUGGACUGUGUGAAGAUCCUUCUGAAAGGCGGUGCUGAUCCGAAUGGCAGCAGGCUUCAUGAAACCACACCUAUAUACCACGCUGCACAAGUGGGCCGAGUGAACAUCCUACGAGAGCUGAUCAGGUUUAAUGCUGAUGUUGAUGUUGACUACCGGGUGGAAGAGAGGGUUUAUUUUGGCACGCGCACUUUGGCAACUCUGUCAGUCUGUCCACUGUUCAUUAGCGCUGCUUGCCACCACUUCCUCUGCUUCCGCAUUCUUCUGAAUGCCGGGGCCAACCCGAACUACAACUACAAUGGCCCCGUGAGCAGGGAAGCACUGGUCAGGGGCAGCGGCAGGGGCAGGGAAGCACUGGUCAGGGGCCGGGCCUCCUGUAUUCUGGAUGCCGUUCUGAAACUCGGAUGCGAACCAGCCUUUGUUCGCUUACUGCUGGACCAUGGCGCUGACCCGUAUCUAGUCCCCUGGGACGAGCUCGAUCCUGACACCAUGUUUUGCUUUAAGAUCAAUGCUGAAGCCCUUCGAAUCUACCAGGAGGCCAAAAGAAACCCAAAGAGCUUGAUGCACCUCUGCCGCAUUACAAUCCGGAAGAUCAUGGGCAAGGAGCGUCUGUCAUGUAUCUCUUCCCUUGAGCUGCCAGAAAUCAUCAAAAGAUUUAUGUUUCACGAGGAUUGAUGUUUUGCUUCUGCAUGGAGAUGGUCGAUUAACUCGAGGAUGUAAGUGGCCACUCGCUCCUCAGCAUUACUUACAUGGAAACCGAUGACUUCCAAGGUAAUGCCAUUUUUCUGUGUUGGUUUUGGGGGAAAUCUGUGGUAAAUGGAGCUACUCUCCUUGUUGCUGCCAUUUUAAGAAAGUUUUAGAUACUCAGCUUUGCACCAUGAGAACACCUCUUACCAGUAGUAAAAUCACUGUAACACAAUACCUUUUGUGGCUUAUUACUUUAAUGAAGGACAAUAUUGAUUGAACACCACUGAUGAGAGAAAAUCAUUUUGAGAUUAGUCUUAUUUUUGUUAUUUUAGCUUUUUCCAACAGUUGUUACAGCAUUAAAGUAAUGACUAUUUAAUAUUAUUAGAAUGAUCAUAUUGAUGCUUUUUGAUGUUCCACCUAUUUGUGACUAUAAUUGCCUUCCAUAGUUUCUGUAUUUUUUGCAUUUUCAGUAGUGUGAAGCAGUUCUGUACUUUAUUAAAGUAGCUUCUACUUUCCUUGAAUAUUUUAUUUUGUUGCAACUUUUGUAUACUUUUUUUGUCCAUAUAAAUAUAUUUUUUACUCUGA